UCAGUGAAGAAAUGGCGUUUCAAGAAAAAUAAUAUGGAGGAUGAUUAAGACACUCCAAACAUUGACUUCUGAGCACACCACACAUUAGCUCAUAUUUAGAUACUCUACAUGGAAGCACCUUUCCACAUGCAUACACCACACACACACACACACACACACACACACACACACACACAUCCUGCAACUUGAAAAGUCCUUCACCACCAUAUAUUUACAUAUUCAUUUCAUUUGUAGCACAAAACAUGUAGUAUUUGGUCUUAUUUGACCACCUGCUUUCUUUAAUGGAACGGAAGAUCUUUGAUGGAAGAGACUUCAUCUUUUUUUUUUUUCAUAAUCAAAUGAUACUUUUGGCAUGAAUAAAUCUGGUCUCGCCUCUUCAAUUUAAAGACAAGGAACCAGGAGUCCUACUUGACCUUUGCCCUUGCCCUCCCAUUCCUUUUCCUCUUCCCGGAAUGGUGCUUAGAGGCACUCAGAAUGGUCCAGCAUUUGACAUACCCUCGUAGGCUCUCCUACAACACAGCCUCUAACAAAACUAGGCUGUCUCGAACCCCUAGCAACAGGAUUGUUUACCUUUACACCAUGAAGGUUGGAAAAGCACCUAAAUCAGCAUGCAGUAAGUGCCCAGGCCUACUCCGAGGGGUUCGUGCUGUGAGACCAAAAGUCCUCAUGAGAUCGUCUAAGACAAAGAAGCAUGUCAGCAGGGCCUAUGGUGGCUCCAUGUGUGCCAAGUGUGUCUGUGACAGGAUCAAGUGGACUUUCCUUACUGAGGAGCAGCAAAUUGUUGUGAAAGUGUUGAAGGCACAAGCCCAGAGUCAGAAAGAGAAAUAAAUGUGUGGCUUUAAAAAAAAAAAAGACAAGGAACCAGAGGUCCAGAAACUCAUAGUGCAGUCCAAGUUUCUUGACCUCACACCCCUGUGCUCUCAGGCUAGGAUCCAUAUGUUUUGCAUCUGUUCUGGAUGGGACAGAGACUAGUGUGGCGCAAAAUUGUGGAGUUGUCACUGCUCUGACUAGGAAGACAGUUUCUCUGAGAGAGAACAAUAAAGGAAAUUCUUACCACAACUGGGGAAAGAUUAGGGAAGACCUUCCUAAUGAAGUGUAAUCGUUUUAGAAGGAAACUGAGAUUAGUACUAUUAACAGGGUAACUACAGGAGGAAGAGAGUUCUACACAGAGAAAAAGACAAUAGUCUCUGAAGUGGGAAUGACAUGACAUAGAUGUUAGAGAACUGGAAGGUCAGUGUUGCUGAAGUUGAGUGAGUGGCAAGAAGUGUAACAGACAGCUGAAGGAUUGUGAACAGUGAUCCAACUUUACAAGGCUUUGUGUUUUAUCCUUCCUACAGUGGGAAGCCAUUGCAUGACUUUGUAUAGUAGAGAGACAAGAUGUGCUUUACAUCCUGUACAUUUACAUCCUGUUUUUUGACAGAGUUACAGAGAAUAACAUUGGAGGUGGUGGCAAGAGUGAAAGGUGUCAAAUGGGAGGAUUGUCUUCGACUAGGUAGAAAGAAAAGCAUAGGGAUCAGCUAUCUGAAUAAAAUAGAUAGAAAAAUUACAAUAGAGUUGUUCCUUACCAACACCAGUUGAUGAGCCAACAUGGAUGCAGGAAAUCUCACAAGGCCCAACCUCUAGAUCAAUAGCUACAGGCAAUUAAUAGCUCCUGAAAGAGGGAGAAUCCAUCUUUUUUCAGAAUGAGUCCUCAAUGGGUUAUCAGGUCCCAAGUGGUCAGUUCCCAAAUGAUAUACAUAUGAACAAUGCUAAAUGAACUCAGGAGAUUGGAUUUAUAUAUUAAUGCAUAUAUAAUGCAUGCCUGUCUGUGUGUAUAUACAUAAGCAUGCAUAAAACAAUAAAAUUUUUAAAAAGGAGAGCAUGGAUUUGAUGGGAAGUGUGUAGUGGAAGACUUGGAAGGAGGAGAGAAAGGGGAAGAUGGUAGAAAUACAUUACCCAUAUAUGAAAUUUUUAAUGAAAAAAAAACAAAGUUGUCCAUUGGAUCCUUGGGUUAGCGUUUAUAUUUUUAUUUAUUUAUUUAUUUUUUAUUGAGAAUAGGAAAAAAAAAUUUCCGCCUCCUCCCCG